GAAGAGGUCCAUAAGGCACAGAAACACCCUGAACCUGAAACAAUUCAUAUAAAAUCAGAUCCGUUAACAUUAUCAACGGCUGUUAACCAUUUUUGUAGCCAGCAGCUCUAUCUUCCCAAGAACCCUAAUUGCAUACCACCAUUUUUUUUCCUUUUCUGUAAACAAAUUUGAUCGUUGUUACACAAAAGUGUAGCGUUUUGGGUUCCCCUGACCGAAAAAUGCAGCGCUGGUGCACUACGGAACUGAUUGAAGUAAAUGAUGGGAUUAAAGUCGCAUCAUCAAAUUUGCUAUCUCAAGAUCUGAGCUGCCGGAAAUCUUCAAGCGGCCAUGACUAAGACAGAGCAGUUGGAUGCAAGCGUGGGGAUAAGAAUGACUCAACAUGUUGUUCAGAAUACGGUGAACCUUCAAACCGACGUGCCUGUUGGAGAUGCAGUGGGUGUAAACAUGGACAUUGUACCAAAUGGAGAUUCUAGGGUUGGUGACUUGCCCAAGAGCUCUGCUGCCAUGUUUGAAGAGGAAACAGAAUUUGAGCCAUGUAAUGGUAUUGAAUUUGAGUCACACGAGGCAGCAUACUCAUUUUAUCAAGAAUAUGCCAAGUCCAUGGGGUUCACCACUUCUAUCAAAAAUAGUAGACGUUCCAAGAAAUCAAAAGAGUUCAUAGAUGCCAAAUUUGCAUGUUCCAGAUAUGGAGUUACACCCGAAUCUGAUGCUACUAAUAGCCGCCGAUCAAGUGUAAAAAAGACAGAUUGCAAAGCAAGUAUGCAUGUGAAAAGAAGACCAGAUGGCAAGUGGAUAAUUCAUGAAUUCGUUAAGGAGCAUAACCAUGAGCUUUUACCUGCCCUAGCAUAUCAUUUUCGAAUUCAUCGCAAUGUAAAAUUAGCCGAAAAGAACAAUAUCGACAUAUUGCAUGCUGUUAGCGAGCGAACAAGGAAGAUGUAUGUUGAGAUGUCCAGACAGUCUAGUCGAUGUCAAAAUCUUUCAUUUCUUCAAAGUGACGUAAAUUCUCAGUUUGAGGAAGGACGAAACUUGGCUCUUGAUGAAGGAGAUGCCCACUUACUAUUAGAGUAUUUUAACCAUAUCAAAAAAGAGAGUCCCAACUUCUUCUAUGCAAUAGAUUUGAAUGAAGAGCAGCGUUUGAGAAAUUUGUUCUGGGUUGAUGCAAAAAGUAGGAACGAUUAUAUCAGCUACAAUGAUGUAGUUUUAUUUGAUACCUUCUAUGUCAAAUACCAUGAGAAACUUCCAUAUGCUCCUUUUGUAGGGGUAAACCAUCACUGUCAGCCAAUAUUGCUUGGAGGUGCAUUUGUUGCUGAUGAAUCUACAUCGACCUUCGUUUGGAUAUUGAGAAUGUGGCUUAGAGCAAUGGGUGGGAAGGCUCCUAAAGUUAUAGUCACUGAUAUGGACAAGACUUUGAAGUCAGCAAUUGAAGAAAUCCUCCCUAAUGCCCGACAUUGUUUUUCUCUUUGGCAUAUAAUGGAAAAGAUGCAGGACACACUUUCUCAUGUAAUCAAAAGGCAUGAUGAUUUUUUGCCAGAAUUUAACAGGUGUGUUUUUAAAUCAUUGACAGAUGAAGAGUUUGAUAUGAGGUGGUGGACAAUGGUCCCUCAGUUUGAACUUCAACAUGAUGAAUGGAUCCAGUCAUUGUAUGAUGAUCGGAAAAAGUGGGUGCCUACAUAUAUGGGGGAUACUUUUCUAGCUGGAAUUUCCGUAACUCAACGUUCUGAAAGUAUGAGUGCUUUCUUAGAUAAAUAUAUACAUAGGAAGAUGACGGUGAAAGAGUUUAUGAAACAAUACAGAAUUAUUCUACAAGAUAGGUAUGAGGAGGAGGCCGUAGCCGAUUUUGAUACUUCUCACAAGCAGCCAGCCCUAAAAUCUCCGUCUCCUUGGGAGAAGCAGUUGUCAAUGCUAUAUACGCAUGCAAUAUUUAAGAAAUUUCAAGUUGAGGUUUUGGGUGUUGUUGGCUGCCAUCCCAAAAAGGAAAGUGAAGAUGGUACAAACGUGAUCUUUCGUGUUCAAGACUGUGAAAAGAAUGAAUACUUUUUGGUGACGUGGGACCAGAUAAAGUCAGUAGUGUGUUGUUUAUGCCGAUUAUUUGAAUACAAAGGUUAUCUUUGCAGGCAUGCAUUGAUUGUUCUCCAAAUCUGUGGUCUUUCGAGCAUCCCAAGUCAUUAUAUUAUGAAGAGAUGGACGAAAGAUAUAAAGAGCAGGCAGCCAAUGGCUGAAGGAACAGAAAGGGUACUUUCUAGGGUGCAGCGAUACAAUGUUUUAUGCAAACUAGCCAUUGAAAUGAGUGAAGAAGGAUCAUCAUGUGAAGCGAGUUACAAUAUUGCUUUUCGAACACUAGUAGAAGUACUAAAAAAUUGUGUGAAUGUGAAUAAUAGUAACAACAGUGCAGCAGAAUCUGGUGGUUUAUCCUUGGCUCAUGGGGAAGCAGAAGACGAAAAUCAAGGAUUUAUUGCUUCUAAAUCAAGUAAGAAGAAGAAUCCAAUCAGGAAAAGGAAGGUGCAAUCUGAUCCGGAACUCAUGCUUGUAGAGCCACAAGAAAGCCUGCAGCAAAUGGAAAAUCUAGGAACAGAUGGGAUUACCAAUGAUGGUUAUUAUGGUGCACAACAUAAUGUGCAAGGACUGGUACAAUUGAACUUAAUGGAGCCACCUCAUGAUGGUUACUAUGUCAAUCAACAGAGCAUGCAAGGGCUGGGACAAUUGAAUUCGAUAGCUCCAGGCCAGGAUAGCUUCUUCGAGACCCAGCAAAGCAUAAAUACACUGGGCCAAUUUGAUUUUCGACCUCCAACUACUUACACUUAUAGCUUGCAGGAUGACUCUGAUUUGAGAUCUUCGCACUUGCAUGGAAAUGCCCCAAGACAUGGCUAAUGCUUGUCAUCUAACUAACUUCAGUUUGUAGCUAACAGUAAAAGUUUAUCUUCUGGAAGUGAAUAUAAAGAAAUUCAGACGAGACGUAAGAUUUUAUUUGUAUUGCAUAUCGGAUAUUCCAUCUCA